UCAAUCGGAACAGUUUCAGCGUCUCAUCAGUCGAAAUGUACAAGUUUGUGUUGCUCCUGGCGUGUGUGUCUCUGGUGCAGGGUUUGAUGCCCAUGCUGCGGAUCAACAAGGACAUCAACCGGAUCGACUUUGGCGACGUUCAGCCAACCCCACGGGAGCAUCGGCGCCAGCAGCGGCACAACAAGCACGAUCAGGGAUACGGCGGUUAUGCGCCGGCCCACGGGUACCAUGACCAGGGAGGUUACGAUCAUGGACAGUACGCGGGGCAGAUUCAGCAACAGCUGCACCACGGAGGUCCGUACCCGAAGUUCUUUGCGUACUACAACGCCGGAGGAAAGCGGGGUGGUGGACUGGGCUCGCGCAGAAAUAAGGGUGGCGUUCAAUAUGGACUUCUGCUUGGUUGAAAGAAAUUUAUAUUUGGUAGAGUUUAAUUUAAAAUCAAGAUUCAAUUGUAUUGCUUAAGAAAGAGAUAUAAAAAUAAAUG